AUGGCAUCGUUAAAAGUGGCAAGUCUGUGGCUCUUGGUAGCCCUUGCGACAGAACAGGCCACCGGAUUCGGGCUACCGGACGUCCUUGUCAAGGACGUUGUUAUUAUUGGCGGAGGUGCAUCUGGUGCCUACGCUGGCGUCCGACUGCGAAAUGACUUCGGCAAGAGCGUAGCAAUUGUAGAGAUGCAAGACAGACUGGGUGGUAUGGUCAACACUUAUGUUGAUCCUGCUACAGGCAUUCCGUAUGACUACGGUGUUGAGUCCUUCCUGGAUCUAGGCAACGCAACGGGCUUCUUCGAUCGUUUUGGCAUUGAAACGGCCCCUUUAAGUCAAGCAAACGUCACCACCGAAUACAUUGAUUUCAACACUGGGGCGAUUGUUAACCUCACCUUACCCUCCUUCACCGAUGAGUUGGCUGCUUUUCAAAAAUUCAUCGACGUGGUAGAGCCAUGGACGGACUUUUUACAACCAGGCUACUGGAACUUCCCCCAGCCAGCCGAUAUUCCCAAUGAUUUGCUCGUCCCGUAUGGUGAUUUCAUUACUAAAUACGGACUCGAGGAUGCGAUUCCUUUGAUCUAUGAGACAACAGGGCUGGGUCUCGGAAAUAUGACUCAGGCAACGACCAUGUUCGAGCUACAGGCGUUCGGCACAUACAUGGCACAAGCAAUAGUCGGCCAGCUUAACUCCUACCAUCCUGCCACUGGGGGUAAUCAAGCGCUCUACAACGCUAUUGAGAAGGACUUAGGUAAUGAUGUGUUGUACAACAGCACAGUCUUGCAGAGUCUACGUACCACCUGGGGGGUCUUUCUAACGGUCCGAAAUAAUGCCACUGGCCAAAUCACCCUCAUUACUGCCCGACAGCUCCUAGUCGCCAUCGAACCUACUACGCAAAAUAUGGCCCCGUUUGACCUAGACGACAACGAAAAAAAUAUACUUUCAAAGUUUACCUACACCAGGGAGUAUUCUGGCAUUGUCAAUAAUUCGGCCUUUGCCGCACCGAUGUCGUAUGCCAAUAUGGCUGCUGGUGCUGCUCCGGACAACUACCUCGUUUUACCGAAUGCUCCAUUUACAAAUACAAUUAGCUACCUAGGAGGUGAUAACCUCUUUCAUGUUAUCAUUGUCGGUGACGAUACGCUUGAUGAGGCCGGGGCGAAGGCUUUGAUGCAGCUGAAUUUCGAAACGUUACUCAAGGCCGGCAGGCUAAAAGAAUCCUACAAUGGCCAGCAGAUCAACUGGGUUGCAUUCUCAAACCAUGGACCGAUGCACGCGCGUGUGUCUGUAGAAGACGUUCAGGGAGGCUUCUUCCAGGAUCUUAACGCACUGCAGGGACAAAGAUCAACUUGGUGGACAGGAGGCGCCUUCUCUUGUAACUUCCAGACGACCUUGUGGGAGUUUGAUGAAACUCUUAUUCCGAAGAUUAUUGCCAACCUCGAUUGA